AUGUCUACCUCUGAGGGUACCUCUACCAGCACGUUGUCUGCAACAGGUUUAAAUCACGACGGUGCCAUUGCUGCCGCACCUUCAACAAUUACAUAUACUAGCACCACCCCUGAUGCAGGCUUUGUGGUAGAACACGCCAUCAACAACGGCUCAAAUGACUCUACAAGCGCUAAAGGAGUCACAGCAUCCAAGAUUUACGCAGAUGCUGCUUUGGAAACAAAAGUGGAUGCCGACUCCAAUGAGCCGAGACCCCCGAAAGCGCCCCAAACCAAUUGCACGGAUAAUACAACCGAAAAUCUUUCCACCCUUCGGUCACAAAUCGCAUUAGAAAUGAAUGACGAGUUCAUCGAGUGCAGCGUCGAUGUUUUCUUCAAGCAUUACCUUCCAUUUGAGCCUUCAGAAGCAGCUGUUGAAGAAUGUGUCCUGAGACUUCUCUGCAAGGAUUAUGCUCCUAAUGGGGACGCUGGUGAGGGUUUCCGUCCCAAACAGGCUCCUAUAACGCCUAGACGAUGCGCACGGAUUAACCCACUUCAUAAACUUGACGACAACACAGGCCACCCCGUAUUGUCGGAAGUUGUGCCGACGGUUGGGUACCCGGAUACUCCUGGUCUUCGAUUCACCGACUACAUGAAACGGCCUGGUAGCCACGGCUCUGUGGAAAAGACAGUAUUUGCUCCCUUGAAGACUAUUGCUGAUGCCAUUGGGAGCUAUAGCGAGACAUGUGACGGCAGGGCUCGCAACAAUUUCCAGUAUCUCCAUUGUCCGCAGGCAGUCAUUUCAUCGGAUAUAGGGAACUCUAAAAGCAGGAUAGAUGCCUGCUUUUCCAAUGGAGGAAGUGAUUUCCACACCAAGUAUAUUGCUGUACCUAUUGAGCAGAACGUCUCCGCCGCCGACAGGGAUUCAAACAACCGUCGGGUAGUAUCAGCAAAUGUUCAAAUCAUGAACGAUGACGUGCGGCGAAUGUUCACCUAUGGGAUGACGUUUGAAGGCGAUAAGGCGACGCUGUGGUAUCACUGUCGCUCUCAUUCUGCUGUUUCGAGACAAUUUAACUUUGUCGAGAAUCCCAGAUUACUUGUCAAGGUGUUCCUAUCAUUUCUAUUUGCAACAGACGAAGAACUCGGCUACAAUCCCGACGUCACUCUGGUCGAAGGCAAAAAGCGUCAGUACACUUUCAAAAUCCCCAGUUCUGAUGGGAAAUCGGCCAAGUUCUACCGCACUGUCAAGGUACUUUCUGAAUACCCCUCGAACAACAUCUCUGGUCGCAUGGCGCGUGUAUGGUUGGUCGAUCGGGUUGAUUCUGAAGGCAAUAAAAUUGGCCCGCCUUGCGUCUUGAAAGACGUCUGGCUCUCCGUAAAUACUCUCACUGAAAAGGAGAUCCAGACGGCCAUCUUUGCAGAUAUCGAAAAAUACUGUCACCCCGAUAAGCCAGAUUACAACCUGGCAUCGGAUCCUCCUGAAGAUUCUCCUCAGGAUGCUCUCAAUGCUAUCAAGAUGCGAAAUGCCGAGCUCGUUAAAUCUGGCGAAUACAAACAGUAUUUCCUCGAAAUUGAAAGUGAUCAUGCUGGCAAGCCAUCCAAAGCUGUUUUGGAGGGAUGUGCUCCCGUCACACGCUUGUUUCAGAACGCCCAUGCAAAUAGGAUCGCAUCUUUGAACGAAAAUUCUAUUCCAUCGGUGGGAUCGACACCUUUUAUAAAGAGUGGACAGCAAUGCAAGCGAACAUUUACCCCCCGUAAACAAUAUCGCGUCAUCUUCAAAGAAGUCUGCGAACCCGUGGGUAAUCUCCCGACUUUGGGGGAGGUGCUUGAUGUGAUCCAACAAACUCUUAUUCCUCUUUCGCUCCUGUACUGUGCUGGCUGGGUACACAGAGAUAUAAGCUCGGGGAACAUUCUUGCCCAUGAAGUAGGCUCCGUCUUGCGGGCUAAACUGUCAGACUUUGAAUAUGCCAAGAAGUUUCCGCUACCUAAAGAUCAUGAAGGUAGCGUUGAUCCCAAAACGGGUACUCCUUUCUUUAUGCCUGUCGAGAUAAUGCAAAACACCUAUCUUUAUCCUAAGACAAAAACCUACAGCAAAGCAGUAUCGCGCGUGUGGGGCUUGAAGGAGGUAAUGCUCAGACAUCUCACCCAGCGGAAACAGACUAAGAACCGCAAGCGGACCGCUGUCUCGGUAGUCUAUAACUUCCAACAUGAUUUAGAGUCGCUUUGGUGGGUCUUAGUGUGGUCUCUAACUGCACGUGUCGACCACCAACCUUCCAGGACGUGGGCCAAACAAAUUUUUCAACAUAACGACGUACCUACUUCUGCGAGGCUAAAUUUUCUGCGGCCCUAUUGUGAGGAUCCUGACGAAAACGCGCAAGAUCUGCAACGUAUCAUGCUCCCUUCAAUCUCAGUUCUAAGGUACAUUGUGGACGCGCUCAGAGAAGCUAUGAAUAUCGCUUAUUCAGAACGUGAAAGGGGUUAUAUGCUCAGAGACCCUUUGUCCUAUGCUAUCAUUGUAAACCUCUUUCAUUCCGCUUUCCAACCACUCCAGAAUUUUCUCGAUUCCUUCAAAGGCACUCCUCUUCUACCGAGCGUCCCCGGUGAUGGCCCUAACUCUGUCGAACCCAUGGACGCCCCUACCGCCCCAGGGUCUCCAGCCGUGUCUGUUGCUCCUUCUCUUAUCCCAGGUCGAAAGAGACCCUAUCCAAAUAUUGGUCAGACAGCACCCUCAGAAUCUUUUCGACCAGGCCCGACUAACGAAGAUAUCGAAGCUACUCUUGACCGGCAAAGAUGUAAGCGCGUGAAAACGCAAGAUGAUCCUAUCUCAGGCGGUGGCUCAGAUGCCGGAGACAAUCCAACACCAGGAACUUUGACGACAGGGCGUCAAUUCAAGUCGGGCACUAGGUCGAAAACCGGGGGGUCGUAG